GCGUAAUUGAAGCAUUUCACCUGUGAAAAUUCGCCACAAAAGUAUUGAAUAUUAGAGACGCGGGAAUACAUAUCCAGUGCUACUCGAGUCCAAUAUGUCUACGAAUCCUGGACCUAAUGAGUUGUUUUCAACCUUUUACGAAGAAGUCAAGGCUAUUGAGAAGCGAGAUUCAGUAUUAACCCCGAAGCAACAAAUAGAUAGACUCAAUCGGCCUGGAUCAACUUAUUUUAAUUUGAAUCCAUAUGAUGUAUGCUUGGUGUAACAUUGUUCAAGCAACCUAGGUUUUACAAGUGGAUCCUGAUGCAGCAAUGGCUGAUAUAAAAAAGAAAUACAGACAGCUAUCUCUGCUUGUACAUCCGGAUAAAAACCCAGAUGAUAUUGAAAGAUCUCAGAAAGCCUUCGAAGCUGUAAACAAGGCUUACAAGACUCUGGAUGACCCCGAAACUUCCCGCAAAUGCAAAGAAGUAGUGGAGGAAGCGAAAGAUCUUGUUGAACAAAUGAUGAUUGAGAAACGAAAACGUGUAAAAAAGACAAGCGGAUCUAUUACGAUUGAAGAAGAUGACCCUGAAAAGCGGCGUCAUGCCAUAUAUGUGCAAACAUGCAAACUGUUCGCUGAUCUUGAGAGAUUAAGGGUGGAAGAAGAGCAAAAACAGUGUUCAGAAAGAAAACGCAAAGCUGAAGAGGAGGAGGAAGGAAAAAAACUCAUGGCGUAUGACAAAGAGUGGAAAAAGAAUUAUGAGGAAAGUCGUGUUAAUCGUGUUGCAAGUUGGCGAGAUUUCAAGGCGAAAAAGUCCAAAACAUCAAAAGGUAUAGGCGGUUUAAAACCACCGAAAACAAAAAUGGAACAAAGACCCGGUUAACAAAACGGGAUCUUCAAUACGUAUAUUUCUAUCCGCUUUGUAGAAAAAAAAGUAACUAUUUGUAAAAAAGAAGUAUUCUCCUUGUAACUCAUAUUAUUGUCAUACUAGUUAUGUACUAUCAUUUUGAUCACUUCUUGCCCUCUGUGUAUAUGUAUCAUUUCAAAUGAAAACAAAACACUUUCGUAUAUCCAA